UAGUGAACGUGACACGUUUCUUUCACGCAGCAGGCUGCAGUAUAUCAUCUUCUCUAGGAUCCUUUCUGGGACAGCGAUCGCCGUUAUCCGUAACGUCACACAAGCAAUGGAUAUUGGAAGCAGAGACGGUGCCGUCCUUGUUGGGGCCUACUCACUUGUAAACAGCGUGGCGGGGUUUCUUGCUGCCAUUGACCCUGGGAAAUCCUUCUUGCGCCCUCAAGGUUACUUGUACUAUGUGGUCGCCCUCAAGGCCGGAGAAAAUUUCCUAAAUGUCGUGGCCGCAGUAAUCCUGAUCGCUGGAACGUGGCAUAUGGAUGAUGAGCCGGACGCGGCAGGCAGACGCGGUAGCCAUAUGAAGCUUACAGCUGCGUAUUUUAAGAACCCACGUCGUGUGUUGGUCAUCUUCACAGUGUGGCACCUCACAGCGUCUCCUGGAAGCGUCGGAGCAGACAUAUUUUUGGGAUAUCACGCUUCCGAUACGAACUCUAAGUUUGCACUGAGCACAACCAUACGGGUCGGCAUGGAGCUUUUAAAGUACUACGUAAUGUUCUGCUUCUGGAGGCUGUACCGUAAACUGGAAGAGCGGGAGAGGCCCAUUGAAGUGGAUAUAUCUCAAGAGUCUUGGCUACCUCCUGCUAUCAAGGCUUCCGCUACAACAGAAGAAGGAAGCCAAAGAACCGCUGCCGUCUUCAAGAGACGCCACUCGGUAGCCUCAAGUGGAAAACUUAGUUCCUACGCAAGCAACAUUUCCACAACAACCCACUCGAGUUAUCUCCAUCCCCUCCAUUCGGGUUCAUCAGCGCGACAUACAGUGCUCAGCAGCAGAAGCGAGAGGCUGUCAACACGUCGAGAUAUACUUAUUUUCGAUGACUCAAAGCUUCCACCUGCACCGACGUAAUCUAUAACUGUUACACUUCCGUGCGUGUUACUAUUUUUCACAAAUAGAAUUUAGGUGGAGUACGUUACAAUUAAAAGCGUUAUCAAGCA